AUGGCACCGCACAUUUCCUUCCGAACGAGGCAUGUCCGACCGGCAGACCCGUCACUGCCUGCUCUUGCUCUUCAGGUCACGCAUCUUAUCGACUCUUACAUGCUCUGGGUCGGCACAACCGACGAAACCGCAGAGGAGGUGUACAAAGCACCGUUGCAGGGCAAUCUCGCCAGAGACUGGGCGUGUGCUAUGCCGGCUAGAGAUCUGAACAUGAACAUUCCGCCCGCUGCGACGUCGCUCUUCCGGACAUCGAGUUCCGACGCCGCUUUGUCGAUGGCGCAACGGCUUGCAAGGCGCUUCAAGAAACAAAUCUUUCUGUCCAUCGAUCUCCCUCCGGCAUUCGACUCCAUGGGACAGGGGGCAAAGCUGAUUUUUGCGGUGGAGAAGGCAGUGGUAGACAUGCUCAAAGAGAUGGAGCAGGGACCUCACAUGACUCAACCGAGCCGAGCUAAGGGGUAUGAGGCGCAGAGCGCAGCCGCCCCAACGCACCGGCGUCCUUGGCUACGUGGAUGAAGGUGUAUGUUUUCGGGUAGUACUUUAGACAGGAAUAAUAAUACGAGGAG